AAUGUUUUAAUGUGGUUCACGAGUAACUGGGGAAAUGUUGUUCGGCUCCAAUCUUAGAAGGCACCUUACCUGAUUCCCAUCGUCAAUCUUCUUCACUAAGAUAUGGUUUUUUGCUCUCCCUCGACACCAGCCAAGUUGGCAAUUACAGUUGCAUGCUUCCUUGGGAGCGGAGCGGUUUUUGCCUAUGGAGUGCAUCUUUCGUAUGUGAACGUUGGGCCUCAGCAAGCUCGGACUAAGGCUAGGAAUGAUUUUGUCAAGGAUCGGAUACGAAAGAAAUAUGGAAAGCAGAUAUAAUUAAUCGCUCUCUGGUUUGUAAAUACAUGAUUCUUUGCAUUCUGAUUCGUAAUGUGUUUGUUUUUCAUGAUGGGUUCUUCUCAAAUUGCAGUAAAAUUCUUGAGUCGCUAGCCCUUGUUCAGAUAUAAGAGGCCAACAGAAGAAUACUGGUUUCAGCUUAUUCUAGAGCUAAUUUUCUUUUUUUGAUUACUUCUUUUUUUUUUAUGCCUUGAGAAGGGGGCUUCAGCUUAUUCUAGAGCUAAUUUUGUACAAAAUGGAGCAAGGCACGUCCCUCAAAUUCCGGGUAAUUUGCAAAUUUCCCCCCAAAGUUGUCAGUAUUCCGAUCUUUAUCGUGACCGACCUUGGUUUUCACGGAGAAUCCAUUCCAGUCAUUCUUUCAAUCUGCCAAGGGUUUUGCUAUUUUCAUUUUCAGUCUGCCAUGAAUUCUAUUCUCUGAUAUCCAGUUCAUCGAACAUGUCUGUGAUUCCAGAAGCCUUAUUGACAGAUCGAGCAUCGUCGCCGGACGGUAGCGUCGCUACCGCCGGCAAUCACCUAAUUUCCCGAUGGCCCAGCACUUCCGCCCCAGUGUGCCGUAGCUUCUUGCACGACGCAACCUUGGUCGUACCUUCGGUUAUCUUCAUGCUGUAUCUAGGGUUUCAUGCAAGGAGGAACAUUAAGAAACUCAGGAACCGACUGUCUCAUGUCAUGAUUGCAUAUUAUGCGCUCUUGUGGUUUGCUGCUCUGGUAAACGUUGCCUUGGCAGCUCUGCAGGCAUGGCAAUGUGCUCCUGGGAAGGUUGUUGCCUGGAAUCUCUUGUCAUUGUUUGCAGCUUCUGCAAUGCUGUGUUUAGAGAUUAGCCUAAUGGCGUUCUUACUUCACGAGAAUUAUUCUACUGGAUUGGAAACUUUAACACGCACUUUCUUUGUGUCUGGUCUUUUUGUUGGCGUGGACUUUCUACUGAAGGUAGUUCUUAUAUUUGGAUUUAGGAUUCCACUCUUUGUUGAUGUUGAAUUAGCAAACCGAGGGAAGUGGGCCGUCUGGUUUGCCUAUAGGCUCCUGCUAACUGCAGCUUAUGGGUACAUUUUGUUUGUGCACUUCUCCAAGUGGAGAGAUAAUCUGCCCCCCAGACCGGCCUUCUACAAAUAUGUCAUUGCGAUGUUUGUGACAAAUGUUGUGAUAUUAUGUGCUUGUGCACUUGCUGGAUUUGGGAUUGGCUUUGGUCUCUGGUUAAAUGAUUUGGGUGUUAUUGGCUACCACUCACUGUAUCUCCCCUUAAUAUAUGCCGUGUUUUUAGCCGACUUCUUUCAGGAAGAAGAUUGGCUUCUGGAGGAGGCAUACUAUUCAGAGAUGAAAGACGCGGGGUUCUUUGAUGCAGAUUGGGAAUAGCAUUUUACGCGUUGUGAUAGCCUCAUUGUCUAUGUACUUUUGUGAAUAUUUCCACUCAUGUGAACUGUCCACAACCCCGUCCUGGAAACCCAGUGGGGGCGAAGAUCUUCCUCUUCGGAGGUUGUGUGUAAACGGACUGUUCUUUAUUUAGAGAUGCUAAGAAUGUAGAAACUGUAAAUGAAAUGAACUUUCCUUGUUCCAAUAAGUCCUGUAACUUUUCUCUCUUAUUCUGUAAUCUUUUUGUUCCCGACUUUCGGUGUAUCUAAACAUUCAUAGACGUUCUCGCCUACAUAAAUUAAUCUUGGGUCAAAAU